CUGAACGUGUUCGCACGUGCCGCACGGAUCUCGCAGCAGCUAAAGCCAUCAACUCAACUCAGUUCCACUCCAGUCAGCACUUCAGUCGCAUCGCAUCACCCCAAGACUCUGAGCGCCCAGUGAAAGUGGCAGUGAAAGUGAAAGUGUGCAGCCAAAGGCCGAACUGACAAGCCGAACUAGAGCCAGCGAGCCAAGCAGUGGUAUUGCGUGUGACACAGCUUCAGAGGAUUGGAGACACUUCAGGCCAAGACUUUCAGUUGCAAAUCGGUGUUUUUGUGUUCGCGCUUCCUCCUCAGUUGCCAUCGCUCAUGAACUUUAACCAACUCAAUCAACAAGCUGCACAACUAAGGUUGCAAGAUAAAUCCACCCCCUAGAAAUCAUCAUCCGAAAUCCAAGUUAUAUUUACGAUUUACCAAGUAUCCGUCGGCGAUAACAAGUUUUUUUCCGUUUUUUUUUUACAAUUUUUUUUACGUUUUCAAAUGAGAGAAAACCCAAAAAAUAAAACCCAAAAAAUACAUAGUUAGUGCUAGUGUGUACAAAACAUUUGGUGGCAGCAUCGAGGCGUUAUGAGGGCAAAUUGGAAGCCGAAAUUGUGCGAACUUCGACUGAAUUCAAGUAAAAUACCAAAGCGAGCCAUACCGAACCCUUUGGCAUUACGUACUUAGAGUCGAGCCGGGACAGGAUUUCGGGAUUCCAGAGACGGGACACCUCGGACCACUGGAGUGGUCGACCGAUUGCUAAAGAAACCAUGCCGCUGGCGUUGCAGGAGUUGCAGCUCGUGUCCGCUGGCACGCCCCCGCCCCACUAGAGGUUGAGCCCAUUCGAUUGGCGGCGGGGAACCCAAGCGGGACCAGCAGCACCAUGGCCGCCCAGCCAUUGGGCAGCACGGCGGCAACAUCUGCGGCAACGAGUGCGGCAGCGGGGGCAACAUCGGCGACCCUGACCCCUUCGGCCGCUUCCACAUCGACGGUGGCCACCACGGCGUCCGCACCGGCCUCCGCGGGAGCCACGUGGAUGCAGGGCCAGCACACCAAUCUCCUGGCGGCGGAUGGCGAUGGCUCCAAUCCGGCGAACGGCAGCGAUACGCAGGCGGGCGUUGAGGGCCCCACAAUGCCGGCCGGCUACUUGCCGAUCUACGAGGAUGUGGAAACGGCGGCGGAGGACGCCGGCUACGCGCUGAUCGACGACAUCAGCGAGUGGCUGUUGGGUUCGGUGGGUGGUGACGAGGUGGCCGCGGGUGGCGGUGGUGGGCAGGAGAACACGACGACCUUGGCGGUCACGAACGGCGGUGGCGGCGGCGUCGGCGGCGUUAACGGAACGCUGGGCUGGCUGGAGGUGCUCAACAGCACGCUGCCAAGUCGCGGCAGCAACUCGAGUGCAGAGGACGCUGAGGAGGUGGGAGAGCGGGCCCGCGGGCGGUACGCCCUGCGCAGCUUUGUGGAGCAACAGCUGGGGGGCGGCGGAGCUGCGGGAGCGGCCGGUGGCGGCGGCGGCGAUGCUGGCAUCGCGCUGAUCGACAGCGGCGAGGAGGCCGCCCUGGACAACGUGGCGGACGCGGAGACGGACUAUGGCCUCCUGGGCGGCUUCGGCGAUGCGGAACUGCUGCAGCGGACCGCGGCGGCGGCCAGGAGCACGCUCGGCAACCGAACGGCGCCGGCGACGACGAGCUACGAUGGCGGCGGCUCUGGCGAUGUGGCUGGGACCGCCGGGGUCGGCGGAGGGCUGGGCGGAGGCGCCGCAGGCGGAGGAGGAGGAUCAGGGGGCAGCACCUUCAUGCUGCUGCUCGAAAACUUUAACGAUUAUUUUCCCAACUACAAUGGGAGCACGGUUUCGGGAACAACCACCUUGGCGCCGGGGGCGGGCCUGGGCUCGGGCAUGGGCGUGGCCAUCACGGGGAGCCGCGGCGGCGGCCUGCUGCUCGAGCAGAACCUGACGGGACUGUACCUCGACGGCUACCGGCUCAACUGCACCAACGAGACGCUCAACCUGACCGACUCCUGCGCCGAGCUGCGAGUGGUGGACCACAACUACUGGGCGCUCAUCCUGAUCCUGUUCCCCAUCCUGACCCUCUUCGGCAACAUCCUGGUCAUCCUGUCCGUGUGCCGCGAGCGCUCGCUGCAGACGGUCACGAAUUAUUUUAUAGUCUCGUUGGCCAUCGCCGAUCUCCUGGUCGCCGUGGUCGUGAUGCCAUUUGCUGUCUACUUUCUGGUAAAUGGAGUCUGGGCCCUGCCUGACGUUGUUUGUGAUUUCUAUAUAGCCAUGGAUGUGAUAUGCUCUACUUCAUCGAUAUUCAACUUAGUUGCCAUCUCCAUAGACAGAUAUAUCGCUGUGACACAGCCAAUAAAGUACGCCAAGCACAAAAAUAGCCGCCGCGUUUGCCUUACGAUACUGCUGGUGUGGGCCAUAUCGGCUGCCAUCGGCUCGCCGAUAGUCCUGGGCCUCAACAACACGCCCAAUCGCGAGCCCGAUGUGUGCGCCUUCUACAACGCCGACUUCAUACUCUACUCCUCGCUGAGCAGCUUCUACAUACCCUGCAUCAUCAUGGUGUUUCUCUACUGGAACAUUUUCAAGGCGCUGAGGAGUCGGGCGCGGAAGCAGCGGGCGGCCCGCAAGCCCCAUCUCUCGGAGCUCACGGGCGGCAGCGUCAUCGAGAACAUCGCCCAGACGCGGCGCCUGGCGGAGACGGCCCUGGACAGCAGCCGGCACGCCAGCAGGAUCCUGCCGGACGAGGCGGCCACCAACACGGCCAGCGGCUCCAACGAGGAGGAGGACGAGAACGCCAUCUCGCCGGACAUCGACGACUGCCACGUCAUCGUGAACGACAAGUCCACCGAGUUCAUGCUGGCCACCGUCGUCGAGGAGACGGGCAACAGCGUCGUGGCCCAGAUCACCACACAGCCGCAGCUGGUGGUCGCCGAUCCGAAUGGUAAUCAUGAUUCUGGUUAUGCAGCCUCAAACGUUGACGAUGUCCUUGCAGGCGUGGCGCCCGCCUCCGCCUCCGCCGCCACAUCCGCUGCCGCCCAGCGGAGCAGCGGCUCGCCGCCGGACAGUCCGCUGCCCAGCGGCGCCACCCUCCAGCGGUCCAGCGUAAGCAGCCAGCGGCGCAACACCGCCGACGACUCGCCGAAGCGCGGCGAGCCGGCCCUCAGGUCAGUCGGUGUCGAUAACUCCAGCGUCGCCAUGAAGCCAUUGUCCUUUGUCCGCUACGGGGUGCAGGAGGCCAUGACUUUGGCACGCAACGACUCCACGCUAUCGACCACAUCGAAGACGUCCUCGCGCAAGGAUAAGAAGAACUCGCAGGCGUCAAGAUUCACGAUAUACAAGGUGCACAAGGCCUCGAAAAAGAAACGCGAAAAAUCGUCGGCCAAGAAGGAGCGCAAGGCCACCAAAACACUGGCCAUUGUUUUGGGUGUCUUCCUGUUCUGCUGGCUGCCCUUCUUCAGCUGCAACAUCAUGGACGCCAUGUGCGCCAAGUUCAAGAAAGACUGCCGACCCGGCCUCACGGCCUACAUGAUGACCACCUGGCUGGGCUACAUCAACAGCUUCGUGAACCCGGUGAUCUACACCAUCUUCAAUCCCGAGUUCCGCAAGGCCUUCAAGAAGAUCAUGCACAUGGGGUGAUUGCAAACGCGCACAGCAAUGGCAAGGGCAAGGAUGGCCAAGGAGGUUUACGAUAUUGGAUGCCAAAUGGAAGCUUUACCUACGUUUCGUUCGUCGUUCGUUGGCUUCUCCCCUAGCCUUAAGGUUCAGCUACUUGUGUAAAUAGAUCUGUAUAUACCUGUACUCCGGUUAGGGCCCUCCCCCCCCAUAUGUAUGAGCAUGACGAGCUGUAGGCUAGGUACCAUUUUAAACAAUUACUUUAAGCUAAACCCUACCAGACACGCGGAUAACACUCCAAAGUAGCCGUAAGUUGCGCUUUACCGGGAUAAUGUAGUGUUCUUCGUAGGCUGCUCCCCAAACCUAUGACAUAUCACGAGCAGCAAGCCAUACCCACCACACAGCACUCGGCCCCCCCCUAAGCAACCCUAAUAGUAGGUAAGAGGUAGCAUAAGGAAGUUCAUAUCCCUAGAGGUUCCGCUGGCAAUGGUUCCAUAUCGAUGCCCGGUGUCGGUGUCGGUUCGUAGAGUUAGUUAGUCAAAUCAUCGGAUACACAGAGUUAGGUUAGCUAGCGGGCCUCGGGGUCGGCGCCCUCCACCACAGACACACUUCACAUGUACGACUGGGUCCCGGGAGGGAGCGGAAGGUAGAGUAUCUAGCAUACAACUCGGCAGAGCGACACGGACACACACACGAGCAGACACCAUAAAUCAAAUGAGCCCCACAAAUGAAUACAAUAUCGGGGGGCGCUGACCUCGAUGCUGCACCCGCUUAGAGCUCACUUUGCGUUCGAGUUUCGGUUCUCUUAGCCAUAGCGAUGAGCAUUUAAGAUCCAGAGGUCGUAACUAGGCUAGUCAUAUAUAUAUCAUGUAGCAUAGCACCCCCUGGGUGGCGGAUGCAUAGCAAGGAGUGGGAGAAUCAGGGUAUGCAGAGCCAAGGCUCCGCAUUGCUAGAAGCAAGGGGCGGGUGCUAGAGCUCCUGCUCGGGAGCCAACUUAGCAGCUAUACUCAUCGGUCUAGGCGUGCGUGUAUAGUGAAAUAUCAAAACUGAGUUUUGAAACACGGACCAAAAGCCUCGUCCUGCCAGGGUCCUGCGAUCCCAGGAGAUCCCAGGAGAUCCCCGCGAAACGGCAGGAGCGAGGACCCUUGGUCCCUGCUUUCAACAGCCGUCCUCUUAACUGUUUCUAUAUGACAAAUAAUUGAUAGGUAAUUGCUCCUACGUGUGUAGUAGUUUAUAAAACAAUUCCAUUUACUAAACAUAGCAUAGCGUAUAAGGUAUAGCUCACAUUUCCCAGGGCGGACCGUUGGAAACUCGAGGAAAAGCUCAACAGUUUUUAUACUUUCCUAAGAACUCCAAUACAAAUACAGUGGCGCGUGUGUUGAGUGUGUGUUGCUGAGUGUUCUUUUUUUUCGACAGGUUAGUACACUAGUCCCUAAGCUUAGGGUAAGACUAUGGAGAAUGUUGAACUUUCGGAUCAGUGCGAGAUGCUCUUAAGUUAGGUUCUUCCAAAGGAAACGCUUAUUAAUUAUAGCUAAUUGGUAAUUUUGCAAUUCGAACAAACUAUUUAUACGUACACCGACACAAAGGAUUCCUGUUGAUUUAUCAAAAUUGUAGCCUCAGUUUUCCCCUCGUUGAAUUGUUGUCUGUUAUCGUUGAUUUGUGAACGAGAUAUAGCAUAGUCUUAAGGUCCCUCCCCCUCCGUAGCGAGAUCUCUCUACCGAAUAAAGCAUAUAUACAUCAUAUACGAUACCGAGUUUGUAAAAUAACUGAAAACGGACAUGGAAACGGAAAAACUGAAAUGAAAAAGGAACUAUUUUAAAGAAACGGAAAUAUUUGUUUUUUUUUCUAGACAAUUAUGAGAAUUAUUAACUAAAUAAAGCGUAGGCUAAGCUCUAAGAAAAGCAAACUAUUUCAAAAAUAAUUAUCAUAGCUUACGGAAAUAAUAAUAGCGAAUAACAACAAUAAACUAAUGAUACCAAAUAGGAUGUGGAGCGGCCUAGACUUCGUCGGCAUAAGCGUACAUCAAAUAAAUAAAGCAAAACUGAAAAUAUUUCAAGGCAAAACAAAUCGCGAACU